AUGGCAGCAACACCUUUAAAAUUUUCCGCACAAACUUCUGUUCUACAACAAUCACCAGCUACUUCAAAAAAAAGACAAGAAGCCUCCAAGGCAUGGCUGCAUUUCGUGGCCGGAGGUACUGGAGGCAUGAUUGGAGCAACCGUAACUUCUCCAUUAGACGUUGUUAAAACGCGACUACAGUCAACGUAUUAUAAAACAAAAUUGAAAUCGUUACAAGAUUCCAAACGGGCAGCUACUCCGAUUAUAGGGCACUUUAUUCAAACAGGCAAAAUUUUAUCGGACGUGUAUCGUAAUGAAGGAUGGAGAGCAUUAUUCAAAGGGUUAGGUCCAAAUCUGGUUGGAGUUGUGCCUGCUAGAGCAAUUAAUUUUUUUACGUAUGGUAACGGCAAGAAGGUUUUGACAGAACUGAAUGGAGGUCAUGAAAAUUCAUUAGUUCAUUUGACGGCUGCGAUCACAGCAGGAAUCACCACAUCAACAGCAACCAAUCCGAUAUGGCUCGUGAAAACUCGAAUGCAACUUCAAUCAUCCACAAAUACUUCAUUGCAAGUUCCUAUGAAAUAUAAGAAUUCUUAUGAUUGUGUUAGAAAAGUAGUCCGGGAAGAAGGUGUACGAGCUUUGUAUAAAGGACUUAGCGCAUCAUAUUUAGGUAUUACUGAAGGUACUAUACAGUGGGUGACAUAUGAAUAUUUGAAAUCAACGUUUGCGAAAAACCGAGAGAAAAGGAGAAACGUAUCCGGCGAUAUUAUAAAAUCUGAUGACAAAUGGCCAUGGUUUGAUAAAUUAGCCGCCGCUGCUUCCGCGAAAUUGAUCGCUGCUUGUGUUAGUUAUCCUCAUGAAGUUAUCAGAACUCGUAUGCGUCAAGUUCCUGUACAUGGCGAUGCUAAGUAUAAAGGUCUUGUACGAUGUAUAAAAACAAUUGUUCGAGAGGAAGGUGUUGCGGCAAUGUAUGGUGGUAUGACUGCUCAUUUAAUGCGAGUUGUACCAAAUGCCGUUAUCAUGUUCUUCUGCUAUGAGGCAAUUUUACAUUAUGGUGGGGCUUCAAAGUAA